AUGGAGCCCGUUCCUUAUAGCCUGAUCAAGACGCACGAACGUGUAUUCGCGGAGUCUCAAGGGGAGAUGUUCAGCAUUGACCAUCGCAUAUUCAUCACCACAGUGUACAAUGAGAUUUACUACACACUUGUCGGGGAGCUUCGGUUUGUUCUUUAUGCGCGUGCGCCACUGCUACGGAACCGCAUAUUAACAGCCUCUGCGUGCAAUGGAAAGAUUGCAGUCAUUCAUGGAGGGUACAACAGGCAGGAGAAGAAGGUGUUGGGCGAUCUUUUGAUAUUUUCUGGCACUGCAUUGCGGGCCGUCGCCGCCCCUCACUUGCCACGGCGGGAGCAUGCUAUUGCACUCCUUUCUGAUACACACCUGCUGAUCUUUGGAGGACGGACAAUAUUAACUGACAUCCUAAAUGAUACACACAUAGUCGAUCUCCACGAGGGAACUGUUGUCGAGUUGCAAAGAGCGGAAACGCAAAGGCCGUCGAGACGAUACGGGCACGCAAUGGCUGUUGCUAACGACCGCGUCUUUUUGCACGGGGGAACAAACGGAAAGAAAUCCUUUAGCGAUCUCUGGGAAUUUGUAUACAACAGGCAUAACCCCGUCGAUGCCCGCUGGAUUAGCAUUACUUUAACGCCGGCCCGCAAGUGGCUUCUGCCCAAAUUGAGCGGAAUUUAUAAUCACGUACUUUUGCCAUAUGAGUUCUUAUUGAUCGUAAUUUCUGGCAUCGGGAAUUAUGCUGGCUGCUUCUACAUUAUCGACAUAAGUAAAGGGAUUAUUGCUCACAGUACCACACGGUUUCCUACCAACGCAAUCACUACGCUCGCAUGCGUCUAUCAAGACUUCAUCGUGACACCCUCCUUUUGCAUCAACGUUGCUGAUGCAGUGUCGGGCUGCUGCUUAUUAGGACUUACACGAACUGGGCAAUUGGACCUUAUUGAAAAACAAGACACAUCGUCAUACCCCAGCUCUGAGUCUUUGCGAAUGUGGGAUCUUCAAUAG